AUGGACAGAAUCAGUUUGCUGCCCGAUGAUUUCAUCUUGCAUAUACUUUCACUGCUUCCAACAAAAAAUGUCUUGACCACAAGUGUUUUGUCAAAACGAUGGAGAUAUCUGUGGAAGUUGGUGUCUAAACUCACGUACUUUGACACCGACGACAAUACUGAUCAUGGGAGAUUUGUGCGGUUUGUAGACAGGUCUUUGUUUCUAAACACUGCUCCAGUCUUAGAAAGCUUGCAUUUCAAGUUAGAUCGACAAUGCAGUGAGGUAGAUAUUGGGCUUUGGAUUAGGAUUGUAGCUGAACGAGGUCUGCGUGAGCUGAAUUUCGAGUAUAGUCAUAUGAUUGCUGAGCCUUGCAAAUUGCCUCGGAGCUUGUAUACAUGUGGAACACUCGUGGCUCUGAAAUUACAAAACGUAUCGCUUGUGGAUGUUCGGUUCCCGGUAUGUUUUCAUCUGCUCAAAACGUUGCACCUGGAUACGGUGAUCUUCCUAGACGAUGAAUCUCCUAAGAAGCUUUUAUCAAGCUGUCCUGCUCUUGAAGUCUUGGAACUGGAUCGAGGCGGAGGUGACAACGUGUACAGAUUUUCUGUUAUAGUGCCUUCGUUACAAAGAUUUAUCUACUCUGCAUCAGGAGGUGGUCGUACUGAGCUUGUGGUGAACACUCCUUCUUUGAAGUACUUUAAAACGUUUGAUCUUGGUUCCAAGUACGUGAUUGAGUACUUGCCUGAGAUCGUUGAAGCACAUGUCGAGGUCAUAUGUUCCAAUACCGAUGAUAUCCUCAGAUCUCUUGCGUCACUCAAACGUCUCUUGUCAUGCUUACCCAGAGAGCCUCGGUCACCUACUGGUUGUGUCUUCCAUCAGCUUGAACAGUUGGAGUUUUGCACGUGUGAGACGGAGUGGGAUGCACUUAUCUCUAUGCUCCAACAUUCCCCCAAACUUCGAUCUCUCAAGCUUAACGAGAUCCAUGACAAUUUUGUGGGAUGUUGUACUCUUCACUGGGAUGAACCAAGCUCUGUCCCUGAAACGUUGGCGUUGGUUCUUGAGACUUUUGAGUGGAGAAACUACAGAGGAUGGGAGAUAGAGAGAGAGCUCGCAUCUUUUAUCUUGAAACAUUCGAGGCGUCUAAAGAGUGCGACCUUUUCUCCAACAGCCUACAUACUAGUAAGAGAGGAACUUUGUACCACAACACUACAACAAAAAUAUGGUAUGAUCACGGAAUUGUCGCGCUUGCCGAGGGGUUCAGCAGAAUGUGAGCUUGUGUUUUGUUAA